AUGCUUAUCACGUUCAUAUAUCCAAUCCUCUUCGUGGUAAGAGAUUCCUCAGCAGCUUGUAGUGAGCAAGGAAUAUUUGCUAAUCCGAAUGACGAGAUUUGCCAAACAUACAUUUUUUGUUUCCGUCUAUCAGAUGCGUUUUUGGAAAAAAUCUACACUUGUCCAAACGGCACAUUGUUCAAUCCAGUCACAAAAGAUUGCAAAGAGAACUACCAAUGUAUCCCGCCAACAUUUCCAAUAACACCUACAACUGCCAUUACAACCCAAACAACACCAACCAGUUUCGAAUGUAAGGCACAAGGCAGAUUUCCAGAAGAAGCCGAUGCAACCUGCACCAAAUAUUACUUCUGCUAUUAUCUUCCAACUGGUAGAUACAUAAAAAUGAACUAUACGUGUCCCCCAGGAACAAAAUUUGACCCGAGGUUACAGACGUGCAGUUCAAAAGUCACAUGUGAUAUAUCCAGGACAACUGUUCCAAGUGUUUCAACUGUUCCAACUGUUUCAACUGUUCCAACUAUUCCAACUAUUUCAACGGUUCCAACUCUUUCAACUGUUCCAACUUCAGAAGCUCCAAGAACCUUCAGUUGUAGCAAGCAAGGCAGAUUCCCAGUAGAAGAAGAUUAUGCAUGCCGAUCAUACUACUACUGUUUGUAUCUACCCAAUGGUAGUUUCACCGAGCAGAUUUAUGCUUGUCCAAGUGGGCUGAAAUUCGAUCCGAAAACACAAAGCUGUGACCAAAAUUAUUCUUGUUUAUCACCAUCAAAAACAACAACUAAUUCUCCUACGAUACCAAACAAUACUUUCACUUGCCCUUCAACAGGAAGAUUUCCUGAUAAUACAGAUCCAACGUGCAGAGCAUACUUUUACUGCCUCUUGAUGCCGGAUGGAGAUUUACAAUUUCAAAUUUUCAAGUGUCCUAAAAACGAAAAAUUCGAUCCAGAGCUUCAGAUCUGCAGCAUAUCUUACGCAUGUCCAAAGGAAGCAUCAUCUUCUUCCUCCUACAUUUAUUCUACAACUUUUUCCAUACUUACAACAUCGCCAAUGGAUAAAACAACAGAAACUCAUGAUUUGAUGACAUCCUCUCUGAGUCCAAGUAGUUCUUUGAGUCCAACAGGUUCUAAUAGUCCAACUAGUUCUCUGACUCCAACUAGUUACCUAACUCCAACUACUUCUCUGACUCCAAAUAGUUCUUCGAGUCCAACUAGUUAUUCUUCUGAUAUACCUACAACUACUGAAAAAGUGAGUGAGUUUUCCGAGAAUCUGAAGGAACUAACAGUCGAUGAGACUUCCAUAGAUUUCCAGAUUUGAGAGCAGGCAACAAUAACUGUCAAACGUAUUUUUUAUGCGUCUUAGGUCCUGAUGGAGACUUCAUAAGUUUCAAAUACAUUUGCGAUUCCCAUGAAAGAUUUGAUCCAAAGUUGAAAAAGUGUUCCUCUUCUUAUACAUGUCA